AUGAAACGACUCAAAAGAUGGGAUUUAGAUGCAGCUGCUGCUCGUGUACGUCAAAUACCACAACCUUAUCAGGCUACACUAAAAGGUCCAGCAAGUGUUAGAAAAAUAUUCCGUAAACAAGAAGAUGCUAUUAACUUUGCCAAACAGUUUGGUCAGGAAAUGAUGGUCUUCAGUUAUGAAAGCUUAUCCCUUGGGAAUGAAGGUCAACGUUCAUUUUUAGCAUGUGGAAUCCAGUCGUUCUUUUACACGUACAAGCAAACGGCGCCUUCUUCUCGUUGUCAUUAUGAAGUAAUUAUGGUAGACAGACCAGCUAAAUUAUAUUUGGAUAUAGAAUUUUGUAGGUUAUCUAAUCAAAAUAAAGAUGGAGAAGUAGCUGUUAAUACAUUUCUAAUGGCUUUGUGUGCUUGUAUUCGAUUCUUCUAUGAUGUAAUUAUUGAACCCAGUGAAAUAUUUAUAUUGGAUGCAAGCACUUCCAAGAAAUUUAGUCAACAUGUCAUAAUCAACAGUAAAAAUCUUGUAUUUCGAAGCAAUUUAGAACAAGGUCAGCUGAUUCGUAUACUUUGUACAAAUUAA